ACCUCAUAGAUUGGAGGUUGGACGAGAGACUAGACAAUUGGUGACUAAACGAGUUCACUUAAAGGGAGAGGACAAGGAUUUAGAGCAUUCACUGGCAGUCAAAUUUACUUGUAAAGAAGGAUUUAAAGAGCCAUUUCGAGAAUCUGAUUUAGACAAAUAUUUCAAGAAGUUUGGCAGAAUUCGUUCCUUAAUCAUGCUAAAGGGGUCAAGAAACAAAUCUGGGUUGGUUUUGUUCGAAGAUGAAGACUCAGCUCAGAAGGUGUCGCUGCUGUACCUGCACAAGAUCUUGGAUAAGGAUGUUUAUGUUGUGAAAGCUCUAGAAGGGGAAAAAUACAGAGAAAGAAAGAGAAAGGAAAUGGAAGAAGAAUAUGAAAAGGAAAUUAUGGAAAAAGAAGCGAGGAAAAGGCAGAUGAUCUUCGAGAAUAUCAAAAAUAUUCAGAAGAAGUUGAGAGAAGAGAUUCAGACGAGUCUUAUAAGACCUGGGCCAAAAGAGUUUACUGUGAAGCAUGAAGCAUUUAUAGAACUUGAAGGUGUACCAGCGGAUAUGACGGAGGAUAGAUUGAAAAAGUAUUUUACAAGAUUUGGUAAAAUCAAAGAUUUUGAGCUCAGUAAACGCUACAAGGGAACAGGAUUUUUACAGUACAGCGAACAGUAUAUGAUGGACUACUGUUUAAAGAAACCGGUUCAUACAGUUGAUGGGCAUGAUAUAUCAUUAUUUGAGGGUAUUCCAUUCCAACCAAGACCGGAGAGACCUGGCUUUGCUCUUAAUGAUGUUAGACCCAAGCCUAUAGAGAACGCGAGAUAUAAACCGACAAAAUCACACAAUAUUGGGGAAAACAAGACUCUUAAGGAGUCGGAUGAAAACAAGGCGGAGAGCAAGGCACCUGAAAAUCCAAAUAAUGAUCAGAAUAUGGAUCAAAGUCGAUCCAAUCCUACAUCCCCAUCCCUUCCUAAUCCUCUAGCUGAUCCAACCACUUAAUCCAAUACAGACCGCUCAUUGGAUCCCAUACCUUCAAAGGAUCCAAUCUGGUAAUGGAUUCUAUUACUUCCAAUAGCUUUAAUCUGUGAAUUGAGUCCAAUCUCGGAAGAACUUUGAUCCUAAUACAAACGACCUGACCUGAAGUUAUGAAUAUGAUUUUGCAUGAAGAGAAGCCAUUUUAAAAAUGAUAAUUUAGACAGCAAGAUAGUUAUUUUCAUGAAACUGUUCCCUAAAUAUCACUGUUGAUUUAUUACAGGGUGAAAAAUCAGAUUUGUUACUUUCAGA